AACACUUUUGAUGGCUCGUACUUUUGAAAAGUGCUAAAGCAUGACCCCUCGGCUUCCCCUGAGGCUCUACGACUCUGCGUGCUUUGGAUGAAGCUCUACAAUCAUCACUAGGGCUUUUCACUUGCUCAUUGUUACCUUCCUUCCUGCAUCUUCGUCAUCGCAACAAUCACUUGUGACCUUCGUUCUCCUUCUUCACCUUCUGUGUCAUUUUUGCUCCAGUAUCAUCAGAAGACGUCCACAGGCGGAAAAGAAGGUUGCCGUUGGAAGCCGAAAAGAAGGUUGCCGUUGGAAGCCGAUUUAUCUUGAAAGGGUGGUUUAUGCCAAUAUGGGCUUGCAUGUCCGAAUCUUUGUCAUGGUGAUGAUAGCUUUCACAGGAAUCUUUUGUACUGGAGAUACUGACUUGCUUGACGUUGCAGCAAUCAAUAGCUUAUAUGCGGCUCUGGGCUUACCGCCUCUUCAAGGUUGGAAAACUACUGGGGGAGAUCCAUGUGCAGAACUGUGGCAAGGCGUGGCUUGUGUCUUCUCCAACAUAACUCAAUUAAGUCUCAGAGGCAUGAAUUUGGGUGGAGAGCUGGGCAGUAACUUAAAUUUUCCCUCCAUCAUUGAAAUAGAUCUUAGCAACAACCACAUUGGAGGGCCUAUUCCAUCCACGCUACCCCCUACAUUGAGGAACUUGUCUCUUUCAGGGAAUCAGUUAAAUGGAAGUAUUCCAGAUGCCUUAUCCUCUCUAACACAACUGUUAGAUUUGUCAUUAAGUAACAACCUUCUAGAUGGACAAAUCCCUGAUGUGUUUCAGCAGCUUACUGUCCUGAUAAACAUAGACCUGUCAGCUAACAACUUGAGUGGUCAGCUACCGCCCUCAAUGGGAAAUUUGUCAUCACUUUCAACAUUACACUUGCAGAACAAUGAACUUUCUGGGUUUCUUAAUGUUUUGCAAGACCUUCCUCUUCAGGAUUUGAAUAUAGAGAACAAUUUAUUCUUUGGGCCAAUUCCUCCACAAUUGUUGAGUAUCCCAAAUCUCAGAAAAGAUGGAAAUCCAUUUAAUACUACUGCCAUGCCAUCACCUCCAGCUGCAGCCCCAGCUCCUGUAGCUAUGGCUCCAUCACCUAUCCAAGCACCUUGGAAUGUGGCAAAUAGUCCAUUUACCGUGGAUGCACCAAUGCCUGCAAGUGCUAGGAAGUCCUUUAUAUCUAAGAAUGUCAGUUGGAUUGCCAUUGCUGGGUUUUUGGUAUUUAUUACACUAGGAGUUUGUCUAUUUAUGUUGUGGUGCUUUAAGAGAAGACCAGAAAACAAAAAUGGUAUAAAAAGUGAUGUAGGUGUGGACACAAUAUCAUUACAUAAACAUCAAUACACUGACUCUUUGGAGAAAGCAUCUGGGAAAUCAAUAAAAUCACUUGGAUACGGAGAACAGAAUAGAAGAACAAAUAUGAUUCUAAAUGUUCAGGAUGAGCAGGAAAUACAUGUGAACAAAGUAUCAGCAGGUUCCAAACUUGCAACAUUGCGGCCACCACCAUCUCCUCUUCCAAUCAAUCUUGGUGAAAAGGACUUGAUGAAACGAGCCAUACCUACCAAAGUAACUGAGAGACAAGUUAUGACAAGUUUUUUGCAAGUUUAUACUAUUGCAUCACUUCAGCAGUAUGCAAAUAGUUUUUCCCAAGAAAAUUAUAUUGGUGAAGGCACGCUUGGUGUCGUUUAUCAGGCUGAGCUCCCUGAUGGAAAGCAACUGGCAGUGAAGAAACUGGAUGCUACUUCUUCUAUAGGACAUGAACAAUUUCUUCAAUUAGUGUGCAAUAUUUCCAAAAUUCAACAUGCCAACAUUGUGAAGCUUAUGGGAUACUGUGCUGAGAAUGGUCAACAAUUUCUUGUAUAUGAUUAUUUCAGCAACAGAACUCUUCAUGAUGCAUUGCAUAAAGAUAAUGAACUCCAUGCUAAACUGUCAUGGAAUGCACGCAUUCGUGUGGCACUUGGAGCUGCAAGUGCUUUAGAGUAUCUGCAUGAGAACCUCCAGCCGCCUGUUGUGCAUCAAAAUUUUAAAUCAGCUAAUGUUCUCUUGAAUACUGAGCUUGAAGCACAUGUCUGUGAUUGUGGAUUCGGUCCUUUACUGUCUUCUGGAUCUGCUGGUCAGUUGUCAGGACGCCUCCUCACAGCGUAUGGCUAUGGUGCGCCAGAACUUGAAUCAGGAAGUUAUACAAAGCAGAGUGAUGUCUUUAGUUUUGGAGUUGUAAUGCUUGAACUCCUCACUGGGCGAAAAUCCUGUGACAGGUCACGACCUCAUGGUGAGCAAUUUCUGGUCAGAUGGGCAGUUCCUCAACUGCAUGACAUUGAUGCUUUAACAAAGAUGGUUGACCCCUCCUUAAAUGGAGCUUAUUCUAUGAAGUCCUUGUCACGUUUUGCAGACAUCAUCUCUUCAUGUCUGCAGGCUAAGUUUUGUUGCUCUGCCAUGUUUUCCAGUCAGUUCAUAUGAGAGAUGGAUGUUGGCAUCAUGAACCAGAGUUCCGACCAGCAAUGGCGGAAGUUGUGCAGGAUCUCUUACGAAUGAUCUAGAGAGACAUGUAUGAGAUGAUGAACCCUCACAGCUAAAUGAACUGAAGAUUACUUUUGUUCCCUACUUUUUGUUCGGGAGUUUUGCUUGUUAAUGUAUGUUAGGAUAUGAACGCAGCAAGUAAGAUGAUCUAUAAGGACGUUUAGUUAUGAAUUCAAUGAGAUGAUGAACCCUCGAUGGGCAAUUAACUGAGGACAUGCUUGGGUUCCCAACUUUGUCUGUAAUUUUUUUUUUUUUUUUUUUUUUUUUUCAUGAUCUCAAGGACUUCUAGUUAGUGGUCACUGUCACUACAAUGCAUUGUUUUGUCAUUUCAUAUCA